GUGAUGGCUUAUUUGGAUAUAUUCUCAUGUAUGUGUUGCUCAUAUUUGGUAUGAAUGGCUCAUAAUAUGUUGUAUGUGUUGCUCAUACAUGUAGGAUGGUGUGGCUUCUGGAUGAAGAGUACGACAGGGUGCACCGGGCUGUUCAUAUGACGGAGAAGGGAACGGAUCUUCAACCUUUGAAGAUUCGUUACCAUGGCACAUCGGAUAUACCGUAUGACGAGAGGUACACGGAGUUCAUCCGGCCUACCGGUCUUCUCCCGUUCAUAUCCCUUGUAAGCCGUGGGGGGCCACUCAUGAACCCCUCGGCACUCACCGCCCUUGUCGACCGGUGGAGGCCGGAGACUCACACCUUCCACUUGAGGGCCGGCGAGAUGGCCCCUACUCUCCAGGAUGUUUCCAUGAUCCUUGGACUACCUAUUCAGGGCGAGCCACUGUGUAUGAACACAGCUUCUGAUGGGUGGCGCGAGCAGAUGCAGGUGCUUAUUGGCAUGGCUCCUCCGCUGCCAACAGAACCAAAGAAGAGAGCUCCCGCCGGCGCGUCUUUCGAAUGGAUCAGGACUAACUUUGGAGAAUGCCCGGAAGAGGCCGACGAGGACACUCGGAGGACGUACGCCCGCGUGUACUUAAGGUACAUGAUUUCGAGGACUCUCUUUCCUGACAGUGGGGGGAAGCUGGCCCAUUGGUGUUGGCUGAAGGCGCUAACGGUGUUGGAUAACCGUUGGAGUUGGGGAACAGCGGCACUUGCCUACCUCUACCGGCAGUUGGACGAAGCUUGUCGCAGAACUGGGAGCAGGACUGGGAGCGGCGGUAUUGGUGGAUGCAUGCUCCUACUUUCCGUAUGGAGCUAGGACCGCCUAUCAGUUGGGCGGCCUAGGGUACUCAACGAGAGGCCAUGGCCUCAUUACCCUCACUUUCCUGAUCGGGAGCCCACUUGGGCAUACCUUUGGGACAAUGUCUCGGAGAUGUCGGGCGAUCCAAAGAUCAUGUACAUGCAGUACACUGCGGAGUUGGACACUCUUACCGCUGAGCAGGUAACCGAUCACUCUUUUGCAAUCCUAGUUUUCAUUGAUUCUACUGGCAUGUUCUAAAUUCUGAGAUAUUUGUAUGCUGCAGUGGAAUGGGAGCCAUAUGGUAGCUACUACCGUAUUGGCGCGUCGAUGACUGACCUCAACCACAAGUGCACGGAGGAGGCGCGGUUAUGGCGUAUGCGCUGCCCACUCAUAUGCAUGUGGCUUGUUGAACACCACCAGCCGCAAAGAGUGAUGAGACA